AUGGUGCCUAUGGCCGAUGGCCCUGGGAACAACUCUAACAGCUGCAGCACAGACAGGGGCACCCUGUCGCAGGUGGCGACCAUCGCCUCCAUCUGCCUCAUCCUGGUGCUGGGCCUGCUGCUCAAUAGCCUGGCGCUCUGGGUGUUCUGCUGUCGCAUGCGCAGGUGGACGGAGACCCGCAUCUACAUGGUCAACCUGGUGGUGGCUGACUGCCUGCUGCUGCUGAGCCUGCCGGGAGUCCUGCACACGCUGGGCCAGGGGGUGGGGGCCCAGGAGGGCCCCCUGUGCAGGGUCCUGCAGAGCUUCUAUUAUGUCAACACCUACAUGAGCAUGUGGCUCCUCACAGCCAUCGCCACUGACCGCUAUGCCGCCCUGCACUUUCCCCUGCGGGCCCGGGCUUGGCGUGGCCCCCGCCAGGCUGCCCUCACCUGCGCAGCCCUCUGGCUGCUGGUCAUCGGGGCUGUGGCCCUGCCCGUCGCCUGGCUGCGUCCAGGGGAGAGCUUCUGCUUUGGGCGGGGUCACACACGGGGCCCCAAGGCUCUCAUCUUCUCCCUGCUCCUCUUCUUCCUCCCGCUGCUCAUCCUGAGCUUCUGCUCCAGCCAGGUGCUCCGGCGCCUCCACCGUGAGUGGACUCGGGCGCAGCCCCAGGCCACCACCCCCAUCCUCAAGGCCCUCUGCGUGGUGAUGGCCAACUUGGUCACCUUUGUGCUCUGCUUCCUCCCACUGCACGUGGCCUUGCUGGCCAAGCUCGUGGCCCAGUGGAUGAAUGCAGCCUGCCCCACCAUCCAGAGGGUGGCCACCUUUGUGCAGGUGGCCUCCCGCAUUGCCAACGCCAACUGCUGCCUGGACGCUGUCUGCUACUAUUUCGUGGCCGCAGAGUUCCAGGAGGAGACCACUGACCCUGUCCACACCAUGUUCAUCUGGCAUCUGGCCGCUCCCGGGGAGGUGGCAGGGGGCUUCAUCAGCGUCCCCAAUCACACAGCCGAUUGUAGUUCUUCCAGGACGGACCACCUGCACGAGUGCAGCCUGCUGGGCAGACACCAGCAGCUGACCACCUCAGUGACCCGCAUGGACAGUUACUGGGAGUGUCGGGUUCUGGACGCUGUGCUGUGCCCUCCAUACAGAAGAUCCUCCUCGGCCAUGGCAGGUGCCCAGUACCCCAGGUUACAGUGGACAGACCGUGCCAGCCUCAUCCACAGGAUCAUUCAGGGUUGCUGGGGUGAAGCCUGUUGUCCUCCAAGUGGUGUGGACUUUGCCCCCCUGCCUGGUGGCACACUCUGGGAGCGCUGA